AUGUGCCCGCAGCCAGCGCCGGGGCGCUCCGUCGGGGCGGGCGUCGCUGCCGCCGCAGCCACCGCCUCCCUGGCACCGCGCACCGCGGCAGCGCGGCAGCACCGCGACAGCAUGCGCCGAGCAGCCCUCGGGCGCGGAGAGCCGGUGGCCGCGCUGACGCCGCUGCGCGCCAUGGCCGUCGCCUACCUGCUGGGCAACGGCUCCGCGCCGCUCCUCGCCGGCGCCCUGGAGGUGCCCUUCGCAGCCAACGCCUCGGCCUGCCGCCCCGCCGCGUCCCCCUGCGCGGCCGCGCCGUCGGCAGCCUGGGGCAACACCUCGGCGGGAUGGAACCGGUCCGAGCCGUGCGGCGGCGCCAACGGGAGCGCGGGCGGCGGCGGCGGCCCCUGCGCGCCCGCGGGCGGUGGCCCCUCGGUGUUCACGGCCAUCGCCAUUAUGGCCCUCUACUCCGUGGUCUGCGUCGUGGGGCUCUUCGGCAACUUCUUGGUCAUGUAUGUCAUCGUCAGGUACACAAAAAUGAAGACUGCCACCAAUAUCUAUAUUUUCAAUCUUGCAUUGGCAGAUGCCCUAGCAACAAGUACCCUGCCAUUCCAGAGUGUGAAUUACUUGAUGGGAACAUGGCCAUUUGGUACCAUCCUUUGUAAGAUUGUUAUAUCCAUAGACUACUAUAAUAUGUUCACGAGUAUUUUUACACUCUGCACCAUGAGUGUGGAUCGCUAUGUAGCUGUAUGCCACCCAGUUAAGGCCCUUGAUUUCCGUACCCCCAGAAAUGCCAAAAUUGUCAAUGUCUGCAACUGGAUCCUUUCUUCUGCCAUUGGCCUGCCAGUUAUGUUCAUGGCAACCACUAAAUACAGGCAUGGCUCUAUUGACUGUACACUAACAUUCUCCCACCCUGCAUGGUACUGGGAGAACCUCCUGAAAAUCUGUGUGUUCAUCUUUGCCUUCAUCAUGCCGGUCCUCAUCAUUACCGUGUGCUAUGGGCUGAUGAUUUUACGCCUGAAGAGCGUUCGCAUGUUGUCUGGAUCCAAAGAGAAGGACAGGAACCUGCGGAGAAUCACAAGGAUGGUUCUUGUAGUGGUGGCGGUGUUUAUUGUCUGCUGGACUCCUAUCCACAUUUAUGUCAUCAUUAAAGCCCUGGUUAACAUCCCAGAGACUACUUUCCAGACUGUUUCCUGGCACUUCUGUAUUGCCCUAGGGUAUACAAAUAGCUGCCUUAAUCCAGUCCUGUAUGCAUUUCUAGAUGAGAAUUUCAAAAGAUGUUUCAGAGAGUUCUGCAUCCCCACUUCCUCAACCAUUGAGCAGCAAAAUUCCACCCGAGUACGACAAAACACUCGUGACCAUGCAUCCACUGCCAACACUGUGGACAGGACUAAUCAUCAGUUGGAACUUCAAGAAGCUGAAACUACUCCACUGCCGUGACAGGGUCUCCUGCCUCAAUAGCUCUCAAACCAAUUGCACACCAGUGCCACAGUGUGUCUGGGGCGUAUGCUAUGGGAAUGUGUAGGAUACGCUUUCCCUAAAACACGUGCCAGAGGAAAGUGCCUGCUUUUCCACUAUGUCAAAAAUUGCUUCUGCGGCACUUCUACAUUGCGCAUAACAGAAGCAGGAAACUUAACAGCAAGCAGAGCCAAGAAAUAUGGGGGCUUGCCAGUCUCCAGUGUUCUAAAGUCAUGUUUUCCAGGAAUACAUACAUUAGCCUAAAACAAAGCUACUGUACCUGUAGCAAUCUGACAUGCUGUUGACAAGUUAUAGAGGUGUUAAAACAGGUUGGGAACAAAAAUCCAAAGGCUAAACAGCUGUAGUUUGGAAAAUGAAGGUGAGCUUUUAAUGAUGAGGAAUAAGGGGAAAUAAAAUUGUAAUAUUGUUGGGUACUCAAUUUACUCCUAAUAUUUAUUUGUAGAGAUGUUUUCUGUGCAGGUUUUUGUGUGCUGAAGUCUCACAAGAUCAUCUAUAACAACAUACUUGCAUUUCAAGAGAUCUGCUCUUACAAGGAUUGCAUGUUCCACAGUUUCAAUGGGAAAAUAUUUUGUUCCGUGCUUACUUAGAAAACCAAAACUCCAAGCUUCACCUUCUGCUUCUGUUUCUCACACUAAGAAAACACAACCCAACUUUAAAAUCAAAACAAUGAGCUAUCAUUUCUUCUAAAAGAGAUAUGAAGUUAUUCCAUGUUGUUGUUGACUGUCAAAUGAUUCCCAAAACAGCAUAGACUCUAUUAACAAAUUCCUGAAUAGAAAUAUAGCUAUAAGCCUGUCAGAGCUACCACAGGCUGAUGACUACUUCUUUCAAAUAGUUUCUCAAAUUUCAGCUGCCUUGUGAGCAAGAUUCUGAAUUUGUAUGUCCCUAUGUGAAGUACUUGGAGUAGUUAAUGCAUUAGACCUUUUGUGGGGUUUGGGUGUGUUUGUUUUUUUUAAGUUACCUUUUGCUAGGCACUGAGUUUUUUCUUAACCAAACCCAUAAUCUGUUUUUCUAACUAAUGUAAUACAGUCUGCAUCUCCAUAUUGUAUUAGCUGCAGAAACACAUUAAGAUUUAUGAAAGAAACAUUGUAAUGAAGUAAAUACCACCUUAGCUGUUUUCUAGGACGAAAAAUAGAAAUAUCCAUUUAGAUAAUUUGUGGUGAAAUGUAUUUUCUAGCCACUAUUUGUUACUUGCUUUGUAAAUAAAUCAUCAGUAGUUAAUCAGGGGGAAAUGUACUUUGGUGAAUUUAAGUGUAUUCUAAAAUAUAACUCGAUGGAACAGGGUUUUUUUGUCUUUUAUUUCUUCAGCCAAAAUGUGUUUCUUAUUUUCAUAGUUAAAAUCUAUGUAACAGUAUGCUUUUAAUGUGAACUUGUUUGUUUCUGCUAUGGACUGUGUAAUAAAGAUUGAAGGCUAAAUCCUUGCAAGUUGUAAAUAAAAGUAAUAUUUGAGUUUCA